AAUGCACCAACUGAAGUCACACCGGCCAUACACUGCAAAUAUCAUCUGAUGAGUUGGAGAUGGAGACAGUAGCAGAGGAGUUGAACUACCUGUCAAUCAGGAGACGGCAACUACAUGACCGAUACACUAUUCUGACCAUGUUGCGAGAUUUUAGACAUCAAACAGACCCAGGGAUGACCGACACCAGGGAGGAAGCAGAAAUUGAGGCCAUUCAAAAGGAAUUGGAUAUUCUAUCUGUGAAAAAGAAAGACCUUUUGGAAAAACAAGAAAGGCUUAAUCUAACACAGCAUAGGACUGGGAUGCCAAUAAAUGUGGAGGGCGCUGUAAGAACCAACACAAACACACAAACAGGUUCAUCCCAUAACAUCGGUCACUCACCAGACUCCAUGAAGACUACAAAAGAAAAUCCACACUUUGGAAUAUGUUAUAUAGGACCUCCACCUGAUGCCCCUGCCCCCAAGGUCAUCAUGGAUGUAGAGGAACUACCUCCUUACCCUGCUAAAACACAGUGUCCAUACUGCUACGCAUUUGUGACCACAGAAAUCACCCAUACAGUUGGUCCUGUCGUUUGGCUGGUGUGCACAAUGAGUUUUCUGGUUGGUUGUGCGGCCGGAUGCUGUUUACUUCCUUUCUGCAUCAAGAAUUUUAAAGAUGUGAAUCACAAAUGUCCAAAGUGCCGUAGUUUUCUUCACACUGUGAAAAAAUUAUGAGGUAUGAGGUAAA